AUGGAGGGUGCUCUCGUGAGUGCGGCGACGGGGCCGGUUGUGAAGAAGCUGUUCGCUCUGCUUGGUGAUGAGUACAAGCGGUUCAAGGAGGUGCGGGACCAGAUCAGGUUCCUCGCCAGUGAACUCACCACCAUGCACGCCUUCCUCCUGAAGAUGUCGGAAGAGGAGGAGGGGGGUCAUGAUCCGCUGGACAAGGCGUGGAUGAAGGAGGUUCUGGAGCUGUCAUACGACAUGGUGGAGUCCAUCGAUGACUUCAUGCUGCGUAUCGGUGACAAAGAUGCUAAUCCAGAUGGCUUCAUUGACAAGAUCAAGCACUUGUUGGCGAAGUUGGGGAAGAUGAAGACUCGCCGCCGGAUUGGAAAAGAGAUUGAAGAUCUGAAGAAACAAAUAAUUGAGGUGGGUGACAGGAAUGCAAGGUAUAAGACAGGACGUGUCGUCUCUAAGAUGAGCAAUCUGACUAUCGACCCUAGAGCACUUGCUAUCUUUGAGCAUGCCUCCAAUCUGGUUGGAAUUGCAGAACCCAAGGCUGAUAUAAUUAAAAUGUUGACCCAAGAUGAAACCUGUGGAUCAGCGCCGCAGCAUCCGAAGGUAGUCUCCAUCAUUCGAUUUGGAGGAAUAGGCAAAACAACCAUCGCGAAUCAAGUGUAUCAAGAGCUCAAGGUGCAAUUCCAAUGCAGCGCUUUCAUAUCUGUGUCUCGCACUCCGGACAUGAUGAGUGUUCUAAGAACUAUUCUUAGUGAAGUCAGCAAACAAAAGUAUGUAGACACUCAAGCAGGGAGCAUCCAACAUUUGAUCUGCAAGAUCCAUGAUUUCCUAACUGACAAAAGUUGAUGAUAUAUGGAGCGUCGCAGCAUGGGAAAUCAUUAAGUAUGCAUUCCCCAUGAUGAGUGGAGGCAGCAGAAUAAUCACAACUUCCC